ACACACAGGCACACAUACACAUACAAACACUUGCGAGCAGAGCCAUGCAUUCAUACAAAGUAAAGCAGCCACACACAAAACAAUUACAUAUGUGCCAGGCUUCAUUUCUGCUCUGUUGAGUCUGUUCGUCUGUUCGUGUCACAACUUUGCAGAUGUUUUAGCCAUGGGGACAUGAACACUACAUUUGCACAAAUUCUCUCUUCCCAGUCGUUUGGUUGGAACAGUGGGUUUUGAAAUGAUAAUGAAUCUGUGGGCCAGGAUCUCCCACAUGGCACCAUGUCUGGAGUAGAAAAAAAGAAGAAAUAGAAUAAGGCAGCCCUGGAAAGCAGCAGAAUGAGAUUCAUUUUUUUCUCUCGAAUGUAAAAAAUCAAAUUCUGGCUGAACUAGAUAGUGCCUUUAAAGCGGUCUGUGUUUCUAAGAGGCGAUAAUUUAUGUAAAAGAAAAGGUGAAUCUGAGGUUACAAUUACACGUGUAUAUUGCAGAUACUUUCCCAUUCAACAGAAUCAAAGUUUAAAAUCUUGCUGUAUCAGUCCAUUUCUGGAUCGCCCAAUCCAGUGAUAUCAUCAAUCAAGUGGUAUACAUGAUAAUAAAUACACUUGAAAUACUAUAAUUGCUUGGUGGAAUGAUGACUCAGUGACAAAUACACAAUCAUAAGACAGGACACACGCUCGCACACUCAUAUGCAUGUGAUUCCAGGCGCUGAUUGCCAGUGUAAUAAACAAAUAUACACACUGUAGGAGGGAGAGGCUACAGGUCAUAUUCCACAGCAAUAAAACGACACAGCAGGGAACACUAACCAUCCAAACUUAGAGUGAGAACGUGACAGUGGCGAAUGGCUCAUCAGAGAUGAUGAAGCCAGAGAGUGUGUCGCUGCAUCCUCUGGGUGCAGCUGCUGCCCCUGUGCCAGAGAUGCUGUGUAUCUUCGGGACGGGGGAUUUAGGACGCUCUCUGGGUUUGCGUCUGCUCCAGUCUGGCUACAGGGUGGUGUACGGCAGCCGCAGACCGCACAGCUGUGGACCCUUGCCCCAGGGAUCUCAGGUGAUGAGCCACGAAGCAGCAGCCCAAUCAGCCAGUUUGAUCUUUAUUUGUGUUCACAGAGAACAUUAUGGAUUCCUGGAAACAAUGGCACCUCAUCUUGCUGGAAAGGUGCUGGUGGACCUUAGUAACAACCUGAAGAAAGGCAUAUACCCAGAACCCAACGCCGCCUACUUGCAGAGAUUGGUCCCUGGAGCUGCUGUGGUAAAAGGCCUAAACACGCUGUCUGCCUGGGCCCUGCAGAAUGGACUCCUGGCAGGAAAACAGGUGUACCUGUGUGGGAACAGUGCAGAAGCAAAGCGAGCAGUAGCAGAGAUGUCUACCAAGCUGGGCCUCACUGUUCUGGAUAAAGGGUCUCUGUCAGCGGCUGGAGAGCUGGAGGACUUUCCUCUGCAGCUGUUCCCAGAGUGGAGGCUGCCUCUACGCGUGGCUGUCUGCCUCACCGCCUUCUUCUUCUUCUACUUAGUUAUUAGAGAUGUCAUCUACGAGUAUGUUGAACAAGACAAAGACAUCUCCUACAGAAUCAUGGUCUCCCUGGCCAACAAGGUGUUUCCCAUUGUGUCUCUCAUCAUGCUGGCUCUGUGUUACCUGCCUGGUGUCAUAGCUGCCUUCCUUCAGCUCUACAGAGGAACCAAGUACAGACGCUUCCCUGAUUGGCUGGAUCGCUGGAUGCUCUGCAGGAAGCAGAUGGGUCUGAUUGCGCUGGGACUUGCUUUUCUCCAUGUCAUCCAUACCUUCAUGAUUCCUACUCGCUACUCUGUCAGACACAAACUCAUCACACUUGUGGUGGAUGAGAUGAAGAACAAUAAAACCACUCCAUUUUACUUUGACAACACAGAGGCAUGGGGCCAAGACUCAUUCUAUGCGCUAGGAAUCCUUGGCUUCUUUCUUUAUGUCCUGCUAGGACUAACAUCCCUGCCCUCUGUGGGAGGCUCUCUCAGCUGGAGAGAGUUCAACUUCAUUCAGUCCAAGCUGGGACAUCUGACCCUGUUCAUAUGCACAGCACAUGGCUACAUUUACGGCUGGAAUAAAUUUCUUCGUCCCUCUACCUACAAAUGGUACACUCCUCCAGGCUACAUGCUCUGUUUGAUUGUGCCUUCUGUGGUUUUGGUGCUCAAAGCUCUGGUCCUCCUCCCCUGCGUGGAUCGGACCCUAACGCGCAUUCGACAAGGCUGGGAGAGGAACCAGCCGACGGAGGAGAUCGGUAAGGUCACCAACCUGUGAACUGUGAUCUCUGAAGCCGCCGGGGUCGCUAACUUUCUGAAUUUUAUGCAAUGAUUAUUUUGAGAGUUCUUGCAACUGUGCAUUUUGAACAGAAAUCAAAGUUCAAAUGACCGUAAGUAAAAGAAAAAUCUAAUUGUAUGUGGGCAAAGGAUUUACAAUAUUCCAUGGUUCGGUUUUGCAAAGACAUUUUUUUUUUGUAAAUGUAAAAAUAUUACUCAUGUUGGUAUGCAGAAUUAGUAAUACUGCAAUGCUCAUUUGGUGUGUGAUUGUGUCAGACAAUAGCCAAACACAACAACAAAGUUGACUUUAUUUCACCCAAAUGGACAGGUCUCUGUGGAUAUAAAUGUUUUUAAUGUCUAUUUACUUUGAGCUUUGAUUUCAUGUUUGUGCUGUAGUUUUUUCACAGAAUGUGGUGAAAAAUAGAUUGAUAUCCCCUGCUGACUCUCGUUGUUUUGAUAAACAUAGACAACAGUUUCCGCUUACCUCUCUCCACUCUCUUCAAGUUGUGCGAUUGUAUCCCUGAGGUUCUCUCUUUUCAGGAUGUUAUUGAUCUCCCUGUUUUCUAACACAAAUACCUCUCUGCCCAAAACUGCCUGCCACUUAAAGGCAUGAAAACAUUACUAUUGUUCGCACACUAACACAUUAUGCUUAGAGUUGCACAUAAACAAUGUAAAGGAGAGUAAGGUAAAGCCAUAUUACCACAUGCAGAGUAAACACACAUGCACACUAAUGUAAACCAGUGCUAACACCUCAAAGCAUCACAUAUUUGGAAGCCAAAGUAACCUCAGGAGGAAGAACAGGUGUUACAGUAUUAAAACAUCUUUUUUAUAAACCAGUAAAGAGCAAUAUAGAGAGUUUGGAGUAAAAUCUCUAUGUUGCCCUCUAACUAAACUCAUAGCCAAUAAAGGCACAUACGUUUAUGCGGUCGACUUGAUCAGAUGAUGAGCAGAGGUGAUACAGAGCCAAUGGUGAUUGCUGUUGGUGCAGGGUGGCAGGUUUGGAACACCAAGAUAUGUUAGUAUGUAGAACACUAAUCAGAUGAUGGAGAUGCAGAGGAGGCAAGGGAGGAGGAUGGAGCAGCUGUCUCCAUGACAGAGUCUGGUGCUGCAAGAGAAAUAUGCAGCGCCUUUUUUGCCCAAAGCAGAACAUUUAGUCAGAGGCCUCCUGUUAUCUAGCAUCUAACAGCAUUAUCUGCACACACAAUCUGCAAUCUCUUACACCCUCUCGCUUUGUAUUAUCCUCCUAUUACCAAAGAACUGCUGUUGAUCUUAGUCUUGAUUUUAUUUCCUGCUGUGAGUGUGUUUCUGUGUCUGUGUGUGCGUGCUGAUGAAUUAAUAAGAUAGAGCAUUUUAACCUUGCCCUAGGAAAGAAUUAAGAUGUAGCAACAUACAGAGAACUUGUGAAAAAAGCUAGCUUUUUACUCGUGUUUGAUUUAACACAACUGGGUGACCUGGAUAGCUUUGUGCCGGGAUGCCAAAGUUUGCACAUAGCUUGAGUGUUCGCACAUUUGAUCGGCACCAACAUGAUCUUGACACUAAAUUACUUGAAUUCUUUGUCGGAGUGCUGUAAAGUUGCAAGACAUUACUAUGUAUAAUUAUUUCAUUGUGAAGUUUUAAAAAAGCAAAUAAAAUGCUACUAAAUUAAGAUGUUUACUAUCUCAUCGCUUACACAGGUUAAAAAUCACAUCUGAGCUGAUUACAUUGAACCUUAAUUGCAUUGUUUUUUUGUUGAUCCUAAGAUCCCCGUUUUAACAUCCCCCAACUGGUUUGUUUCACAGAACCAUCUGAGAAGCUGUCAUUGGACACUGUUAAGGAAGGGCAGGCACUUUAAAAAUGUUCGAUUAUCUUGCGAACAAUCUGUCAUUGAAACUCUAACCAAAGGUCAGGUUAACAGAAAAACCGCUUCAGUUGCUAGAGUGCUGGUUUUUAAUUUCCUCCCAAAAAAACAAAGUCCCAUUACUAUAACUGAUGCUAUCGUUCAUAAAGUAUGCUCACCUUAGGAGCUGCCAUUGUUGUUCACAACACUAACAUCUCAAACACAUUACUUGAAGCCGGACAGGGUGGAUUUUCACGUGAUAUUUCACCAGAAUCCAGCUGCCAAGCUAAGGGUAACCUGAACAGUUUUAAAACCUUACUACACCAUUUCUAAAGGAAUACACUUUAACUAUGAAAAAACCUGUUUGUCAAAAUCUAUUAAAUCUAUAUGGAUUCUUAAA